AUGUCUGUGGCUUUGGGCGUGACGAGCUCCAGUGAAAGAGAAUCGAAGCUCGAAUGUUUCUCAGCAUCUCCGGAAAAUUUUUCGACUCCGGCCACGGCUGCAAUCGAGACCGAUGGCGGGGAUGCUGUCAUCACACUGCAGUGUGCUUAUGGCGCGGUGAAGAACUCCAUUAAGGCCUAUUUUGAGCGAGCUGGCGGGUAUGUUAUUGAAGUUCCAUUUCAAUUUCUAGUGAAUUCCAGUGAAGAAAUAGGAAAUGAAUUUCAGAUGGCUUUGGUGAAGGGAAAGGCUAGUGGUAGAAGAGUUAGAUUAGCUCUGAUUGAUCAUGUUACAUCCAUGCCAUCUAUUUUACUUCCAAUUAAGAAAUUGGUUGAAGUGUGCAGGGAAGAAGGUGUUGAUCAAGUUUUCAUAGAUGGGGCUCAUGGUGUUGGGUGUGUAGAUGUUGAUAUGCAAGAAAUAGGGGCAGAUUUUUACAUUAGUAAUUUGCACAAGUGGUUCGUCUGCCCUGCUUCGGUUGCAUUUCUGUAUUGUAGGAAGUCAGUCACACAUUCAGAACUGCAUCAUCAUAUGGUGUCUCAUGAUUAUGGUAAAGGGUUGGCUAUUGAAAGCUGCUGGAUAGGGACUAGGGAUUAUAGUCCUUUAGUAGUUCCUUCAGCUGUGGAGUUCACAAACAGAUUUGAAGGCGGUAUCGAUGGAAUCAAAAGGAGGAAUCAUGAUUCUGUUGUUGAGAAGGGAAAGAUGUUGGCAAAGGCUUGGGGAACCAAUCUUGGGUCUCCACCGGAUAUGUGUGCAAGCAUGAUCAUGGUGGGAAUGCCGGCUUAUUUGGGGGUUUCAAGUGACGAUGAUGCCUUGAAAUUAAGGACACAUCUGAGGGAGAAAUUUAGUGUUGAAGUACCAAUAUAUUACCGAAUGCCGAAGCAUGAAGAGGUUGCAAAAACAACAACUGCGUAUGCUCGAGUUUCUCAUCAAGUCUACAACAAAGUUGAUGACUAUUAUAAGUUCAGAGAUGCAAUCAAUCAACUUGUUUGUGAUGGGUUCACAUGUGCUCGAUCUUUAUGA